UUUAAAACUUAGUUUAUAUCACGUGUGAAAAAUGUUCACGAAUAAUUUCAGGAGUUUUGUGGAUUUGGCGACUCUUACGCUUCACCGCCGUCAUGAGAUGGAAGGCAGGAUCAGCGUCUUGGCUGGUAAAUGCGACCAAGCCAUCAAUAACAUAAGAAAGUUAAAGGCGCAGACUCGUACAUUUGUGAACCAUCUGAACUGUGAGCCGUCGGAGCUGAAGGAACGGUUCCUGUCAUGCAUGAACAAGUUGGACGAGUACAUCUAUCUCAUCACCGAGUUUAACCUGUCCAUUGAUAACCUUGAAAAGCAUGGCAGUGUUGAGAUAGCGCCAGUGCACGACAACUCUUACAAGAACUACCCCGUGAUGACUCCGACUAACCUGAUGGAUGUGCUGAGCGAACCUGCUCCCACCACGUCCACCGCCUGCGCUAACAUGUGUCCAGCUGAAAAAGAAAAGCUGCCAAUCCGGCGUCGACCGAAGCGAGAGCAGCUGCUCAUAGCCUUCUCCAGCACGUCGUGCUCCAACGAGAGCGUGGGCAACAACACGGUCGAGAAAGAGGUGCAGUGUGUCGCCGCAGACAUUCAGGAUCUAAACAUCGCAGAGCAGCUGCUCAUAGCCUGCUCCAGCACGUCGUGCUCCAACGAGAGCGUGGGCAACAACACGGUCGAGAAAGAGGUGCAGUGUGUCGCCGCUGACAUCCAGGAUCUAAACAUCGCAGAGCAGCUGCUCAUAGCCUGCUCCAGCACGUCGUGCUCCAACGAGAGCGUGGGCAACAACACGGUCGAGAAAGAGGUGCAGUGUGGCGUCGCUGACAUCCAGGAUCUAAACAUCGCAGAGCAGCUGCUCAUAGCCUGCUCCAGCACGUCGUGCUCCAACGAGAGCGUGGGCAACAACACGGUCGAGAAAGAGGUGCAGUGUGUCGCCGCUGACAUUCAGGAUCUAAACAUCGCAGAGCAGCUGCUCAUAGCCUGCUCCAGCACGUGCUCCAACGAGAGCGUGGGCAACAACACGGUCGAGAAAGAGGUGCAGUGUGUCGCCGCAGACAUUCAGGAUCUAAACAUCGCAGAGCAGCUGCUCAUAGCCUGCUCCAGCACGUCGUGCUUCAACGAGAGCGUGGGCAACAACACGGUCGAGAAAGAGGUGCAGUGUGUCGCCGCAGACAUUCAGGAUCUAAACAUCGCAGAGCAGCUGCUCAUAGCCUGCUCCAGCACGUCGUGCUCCAACGAGAGCGUGGGCAACAACACGGUCGAGAAAGAGGUGCAGUGUGUCGCCGCUGACAUUCAGGAUCUAAACAUCGCAGGACCGAGGCGAGAGCAGCUGCUCAUAGCCUGCUCCAGCACGUCGUGCUCCAACGAGAGCGUGGGCAACAACACGGUCGAGAAAGAGGUGCAGUGUGUCGCCGCAGACAUUCAGGAUCUAAACAUUGCAGAUCCCAAACCCAUGGUGACCCUGCCCCAGCAGACAAUUCUCGACACGGACACGGUAUACGAGGCGUCCAUACUAUCCGUGGACGGGUCCACUUUCUGGAUAGUUGUGGAGCAAGCUGAGGCGUACAAUCUACUCCAAGAGAUGACAGCAUACUACUCUGAAGAGAAGAACCUCGUGCCUGUGAACCUGGACGAGCUGCCCAGCUUCACCUGCUGCGUGUACCACGACGUGGAGGACACCCAGGAGUUCUUCCGGGCCAUGCUCAUCAGGGUCGAGGGUCGAGGUAAGGCCAUUUCCAGUCUACUCCAAGAGAUGACGGCAUACUACUCUGAAGAGAAGAACCUCGUGUGUGUGAACCUGGACGAGCUCCCCGGCUUCACCUGCUGCGUGUACCAUGACGUGGAGGACACCCAGGAGUUCUUCCGGGCCAUGCUCAUCAGGGUCGAGGGUCGAGGUAAGGCCAUGUUCAGUCUACUCCAAGAGAUGACGGCAUACUACUCUGAAGAGAAGAACCUUGUGUCUGUGAACCUGGACGAGCUCCCCGGCUUCACCUGCUGCGUGUACCAUGACGCCGAGGACACCCAGGAGUUCUUCCGGGCCAUGCUCAUCAGGGUCGAGGGUCGAGGUAAGGCCAUUUCCAGUCUACUCCAAGAGAUGACAGCAUACUACUCUGAAGAGAAGAACCUCGUGUGUGUGAACCUGGACGAGCUGCCCAGCUUCACCUGCUGCGUGUACCACGACGCUGAGGACACCCAGGAGUUCUUCCGGGCCAUGCUCAUCAGGGUCGAGGGUCGAGGUAAGGCCAUUUCCAGUCUACUCCAAGACAUGACGGCAUACUACUCUGAAGAGAAGAACCUCGUGCCUGUGAACCUGGACGACCUGCCCAGCUUCACCUGCUGCGUGUACCACGACGUGGAGGACACCCAGGAGUUCUUCCGGGCCAUGCUCAUCAGGGUCGAGGGUACAAACAAAGAGGAAGUAUUCCUAGUAGACACCGGUGAACAGCGGCCAGUAACAUCGAGCUGCAUACAACCGUUGGCGCCUGAGUUCUGUGUAUCGCCGCCGUACGCACACUGCUGCCAUCUAGCGGACGACUAUAGCAGGGAGUGCCUAGUGGACACCGAUGAACAGCGGCCAGUAACAUCGAGCUGCAUACAGCCGUUGGCGCCUGAGUUCUGUAUAUCGCCGCCGUACGCACACUGCUGCCAUCUAGCGGACGUGGAAUUCGUGAGCGCCAAGACAGACGAGUUAGAGGAAUACCUGAAGCAGUACUUGGGGAAGCCUUUCACAAUGAAAAUAGACGACAAUUCAUCGGAAUCCCUGGGUGUAUACUUGUUUUUGGACGACGAGAACACGCUCAACGAUUUGCUUCUGCAGGAGGGACUAGCCACCACCCUGGACAAGCCGGCUCGUACGGAGCAGAGUUCAGCGCCGGCCCGCGGCCCGCCGGAGCUGCGCUCGUCCAGCGAGCACUACUAUAGCGGGCCCGAACAUGAGAACCCCGUGGAAGCAGUUACAGGUUACAACAAUCGUGACGAGUUGGACAUCUGCAAGCACUAUACAGGGGGGUCGGAGAAGACGUGCUUCAAAGGCAGCCGCUGUAAGAAGCGUCACGUCAUGAAACACCCUGAUGGCUGGACACUAGACCGUGUGCCGACUCCUAAAUGUCGGCCCCCAGUGUUGCCCGCGCCCGGCACGUGGCACAAAGUGGUCGUCACGUACGUCUGCCACUUCGACCGUCUCUACGUCAUGUUCCAGCGAGAGCCGCCUAAAGAGGAGCUGCCCACGUUCGGGGUCGUGCUUCCGCCCAUGACCCUGGCCGCGCUCAUACGGGACAUGAACAGCCCCGCCACCCGCGCCGCGCACAAACCGUUGCAGACGGCGCCAGCGCCGGGCGAGCUGGUGGCGGCGCAGUACCGCGACCGGCAGUGGUACCGCGCACGCGUCAUCUGCGCCACGCCGCCCGACCAAAACGUCGAGGUGAUGUACAUAGACUACGGCAACGUCUUAUCCGUGAAAGAGAACGAGGUAAUGGAACUGGAGCCCCGCUUCACCGUGCUACCGGCCCAGGCCGUGCUGUGCCGUCUAGCGGGCGUCGACAAACUGAGCGAGGACCGGCGGACCUGGGUCACGGCCAAACAGAGGCUAUCCAGUCUAGCCCAGGACCAGACCAUGGAGGCACAUAUCAUUGCCCGCGGCUACGACGAGCUCACAGUGGAGCUGCUCGACCUGCAGGGCUUCAACCUCGCCGAGCAGCUCGCGGCGGGCGGCGCCGUCACCUACACCAGGGACUACGGGCUGGAGGACGACUCCAAGCGGCGGUACCAUCUGGUGCAGGCCUGACUGCGAACAA